GUAUUUUAUAUUAUUUAUAUAAAAAUGGCUACAAGCGAUGCCACAAAUUCACCACAAGGACGUCAACCAUUUCCUUGGUAUGGGAUUGAUAUAGGAGGUACUCUGGUUAAACUCGUUUAUUUUGAACCAACAUCAAUGACGAAACAAGAAGUACGAGAUGAAGAAGAAUCUUUGAAAGUAAUUCGUGAAACCUUGUUAUCGAGUAUUGCGUAUGGACAAACUGGAGUGCGGGAUGCUCAUUUAGAAAUCAAGGGAUUGAAAUUCAACGGUUAUGUUGGCAACAUGCACUUUCUUCGAUUUCCAACACACAGGAUGGAUAGUUUUAUUCGAAUGGUCAAAGAGAAAGAAUUUUCAACCAUGCAUAAUAUAUGUCAUGCAACUGGAGGAGGAGCUUUUAAAUUUGAAGAAAAAUUUUUGAAGGAGAUUAAUCUAAGACUCAACAAGUUGGACGAAUUUCAAUGUCUGAUAAAGGGAAUUCAUUUUAUCGACCACAAUACAGAAGUCAAUGGAAGAUCUGAAUGUUUUUCUCUUGCACAACCGUUAGACCCUGGCGGACUGAAAAAAGAACCAUACAAUUUCCGAAAUCCUUAUCCUUACCUCGUCUGCAAUAUUGGAUCGGGUGUGAGCAUAAUGGCGGUAUAUUCACAACAAGAAUGCAAAAGGGUUUCAGGUACCAGUUUAGGAGGAGGAACAUUCCUUGGGCUAUGUUGUUUAUUGACUGGUUGUGAGACAUUUGAAGAAGCAAUCGAACUUGCAACACAUGGGGACAGUACUAAAGUUGACAAGUUAGUUCGGGAUAUCUACGGAGGGGAUUAUAAAAAAUUCAAUUUGUCUGGCGACACAGUGGCAUCCAGUUUUGGUAAAAUGAAUCAAAAAGAACUCCGUAAUGCAACAACAAAAGAAGAUUUAGCUAAAGCAACACUUGUCACCAUAACAAACAAUAUUGGAAGCAUUGUAAUGAAUUGUGCUGCUCGUGAGAAUAUUGACAGAGCUGUGUUUGUUGGAAACUUUUUGAGAGUCAAUCCAAUAUCUAUGAAACUUCUUGCAUAUGCUAUGGACUACUGGUCGGGCGGAUCCUUGAAAGCACUUUUUCUUGAACAUGAAGGAUAUUUUGGGGCUGUCGGAGCUUUAUUAGGAAUGUCUUGCGCAAUCGAUUCAUGAUGGUGUUUCGAAAAGCGAAACGAAAAAAAAAAUGAAAAUUGCACUCUAAUUUGCAAAGUCGAAUAUAGAUUAAGUUGUAUAUGCAGUUCUUUAUAAUUUAAGAAAUGUUUUAUACCUAUUUCUGCUUUACUGAAAGUGAAAGUACAAACUUGUUGAAUUGUGAAAUUCUAUAAUUCGUAUUUCAAUUUUUUGGAAAGAAUGUAAGGUGAUGUCAUAUAUACCAGUUUGUACUAUGAGUAUAUAUAUAUUAUUGAACAACACCACAUAAUCGAAUUGAAUAAUUUUUAUAAAAAGUUGCGAUUUAUUUUCAUUUUUGGAUAAAUCAAGGCUGAUAAUGCAGUCGGUUGAGGGUAUUAAAUAAUGAAUUUGAAAAUUAUUUUUUUUAAAUAGAGUGAAAUUUUACUGUCAAUUUUCUCAGAUUUACGAUUCAAAAUUAUUGUGAUGAUUCCAGUUAGCGUUUUUGUCACUCCUGUGAUAAAUUUGGCAAUCUGUGUCGUUUGUAAUUUACUAGCUCUAUAUGUCUGAGUGGCUGCUGUUAAAGUCCCCUUUAGAGCCAACAGGACAAAAAUUAUUGCCAUGGCAUGUUGUAUUUAAUUCUGUUUUAACCUUUAACUUUUACUUAUUCAAGUCUACUUAAUUGUACAUUUUUCAUACUAUAAAUUUAUUUUAUUUUUGAAAGUGAUUUAUUGGAAUAUUAAAUCAAUGGUCUAUAAAGUACAAAACUUAUUUGACAUAUGAUAUAUUUAUCUACCAAAUACGUUUAUUGUUGUGUUGCAUGGUUUGAUUCAUGGAUGAAAAAACUCAUUUGAUUGGAGAAAUGUUCAUAUGGUUACAAACUUGUUGCAAAGGCAAUUCCGUUUGUUAUUUUUUACAUUGAGUUUCAUCUUUUUUAAUAGUUGUUAAACGUACAAAGGUUGUUGAGUUGUCAAAAACUCUCGAAUAGCGAUCAAGUCAUUAUCUGCGAUUAUGCUGAAAAUCUACCAUUUCAUAUAAAGUAUUGAAGUAUGCAUGAUAUAUUGUGAGCAUUAAUUUUGUGCACAGUCCUUUGAUUGCUAUUUUACAAAGGUGUAUGUAUAUAUAGUGUCAACCACGAAGCAAGAUCUCGUAAAUUUUGACACCAAUGUUGGGAAGGGAGGCUCAAGUGACCAAUUAUCAAAGACUUGAAGUAACCAGAGUCAUCAAAAGUGAAUAACUCUGCUUGUCAUCAACUAACCGCCAGUGAGUUCUAGCUUACGUGGUAUUUUGGGACUAUUGUAAGCCAUGCCCCAUUUUAGAAUUGUCAAGUCUCGUGCCCCACCUCGAAAAUAACUAGCUAACAAUAAGCUACAAAUAACAGAUAGUGAGGCGAAAGUAUAUUUUAUUCAAAAAACACGUUGAAAAUAAGUGGAUGGAAUGUAAAUAUCCAAAAUAGGGUGGACAAGAUCGAAUCUAACAAUUUUUUUUAGUUUUAGUUGCCUCCUCAAAAAAUGGUCUAUGCCCCCCUUGUGGGGCGCGCUCCAUUUUUUGAGACCCACUGAUUUAGAAUGUCCAAAGAUCAGUCUGGCUUCUGGGUCUAGAGAUAUCAUAUAAACAUACACCUGAGCAUAUUCCUGAUUUUAACCAUGAAAGCAUUGCCAUUUGCAUGUUUUAUUUGGAAAAUUUUAACACUUUGAUAUUGAAAAGUGUUAUUAUUCAACUCCAGGGAGUUGAUAUUUGGCCUCAAUUGAAUUUGAUAAAACGACUCCGGCUCUGGUUGUUCCUAUGCUAGCGAAAUGGCCUAACCUCUGUGUGCCCAGCUUUGCAUAAGAGAAAAAAAAGAAAUUUAACUCCAUAGCUCUCGAAAGCUAUGAAUUUUACCUUUCGCUGUGUUAAUAUUGUAUACUCUAUAUUUGAUAAUACUAUUAAGUAUCAACCAUUUUCAAAUAUCUAAAAUGGAUAUCGGUGCAUUCGAGUGACUGGUCAUCGCAAAGCUGCUACAUUUUUACAUUCCUGAAAUAUUGUUGUUAUAUAAAUUGAUCCAAUAUGCAGUAUUUUUUGUCAUCUCAUCCACUUAUAUGAAAAUAGUUGUAAUUGUCAUGAUUUCUAUAUUCGAAAAAUACUCCCAACUAAUUUUAUGGAACUGGGAAUUACCUUGGGAUCGGUUUAUGACAAUCAAAAUAUUAUUAUUGUACGUCGUUCACACAGAUGUGGGGAUAUUUUCUAAUACACUUUACCAAUAUAAAAAACCUAAUUGGUUAUAAUUAACGACAGAGGUGAUCUUGGUUGGCCAUAUGAUUACGGUGAGUCUUUUUAUCCAUUCACAGUAAAUAUGAAAAUCCAAUAACUAUUAUAUCCGCUUAACAAACUUUAUGUAAAGUAUAAAUUGUGGCUUUGAAAAAAUGUCAGUCAAGAGCUUAAGAUUUUAAAUCUAUUAUGUGCAUUUUACAAGCGUAUUUAUUUCAACUCCUCUCCUGGUGUUAAUAUUACUCUUACUAAGAUAAUAUUUCAUUGCCCUGCAGUGUAUUGGAAACAAAUGGUUAUUAUUUAUUAAUAGAUUAUCUCUUAACAUAUAAAAUCUAUGAUGAAGUUCAUUGCUUAGUGAUCCGUCCAUUUAAAUGUUGUUGCGAUUUUUUGAUGAUAUUUGUUCCAUCCUAUGCCAAAUUGAUUCAUACUAUUACAAUCUUUUUGUUUUUUAUUCAGAUUCUUUUAAUUUUUGUGCAUAUUUUUAUGAAAAACACCAUCAUUGUGGAAGCGGUUAUUUUUGCUUAAGUACGAUACAAUGUUUUUCUGAAUUCAAGCGUUUAUGUUUAAAUACACCAAGAAUAAAAACUAUUUGACAGAGGUA